GCAUCUGCUUCAUCGAUUCACUCUCAAGGAAAAUGGAAACCCUCAUUUCCCAGUUCACAUUCCUCUCAGAUGAACCUUUGCAUGACAAAAGUUUUGAUCUUUUCACAACAGAAGACCUAGUAAAGCUGUUUGAGAUUGAGUCAUACAAGGCAUGGGUAGCUGUGGAACAACAGAAAGAGGUGGAAGAAGCAGAGGCUACUGUGCAACAAGCAGAGGAUCACUUUGGUAGGAUCAUGGAAACUGCCAUGGAAGAGUUUAGGUACUUUGAAGAAGAGGUUGAGAGAAUGUCAAAAGCUGGAGUUGAUACCUUCGUUGAAACUGCUGAGAGUGGAAGAAAAAUGGAGGAAACUGCUACUUCUGUUGCUUCCAAGAGAUACAUCAGUGAGGUUUCAGUUAACUCAGUCAUUUCUUCUAGCAAAGUUCAUCCUUCUUAGCAACAGUUCCUGUUCUGGUGCUUUUGUUAGAAAAGUGGAAGGAUUACAACUGAAUUGUGUCAAAACAGAUAUGAAAAUGGAGAGAUACUGAUUAUUCAGCAAUUACAGAAGAAAGAAGAUUAAUCAUUCUUGUUCAAUGGAAAUCCACACUUUUAUUUUUCUGGUAGAUCUUAACAAAGGCUCAGCAUUCAGGCAACUUAACCUGUGGAAGUUGAGAACUGUAUUUUCGUGGUUUUAGCCCAUUCUGUUCUUGUCUUUUAUUACUGCUUUGGUCCCAAUUCUUUGACUAAUUCGUGUAAACAAAUAUCUACUGCAUUCAUGCUUAGUUUCUCCUCUACAAUAGCCGAUUUUAGUGUUGAACUUUUUGCUUCUUCCUGCUC